AUGACGUCGCACCGCCCGCCGACUCGGAUGAACGCCAUUCUGUUACGUUCAUCGUCAAACCCUGUUCUUUUACAAAUAAGUGCUGAAUUGUGCUCAUCAGUGUUAAAACCUACUAAAUUGUAAAGUUUAUAUAUACUAUCAGUCGUCUAUUAACUUAUAAAAGGUUGUGCUAAAGGUUUAAGGAAAGUGAUUAAGUUCGUAACCAAGCGACCGGCGCAACGGCUGACACAGAACACGAUAGCGUUGGCGCGCGAUUUCGAAUGAAUGCGAUGAUUUAUAAUGUCGAUGCCCAAGUGUAAGAAAAUAUUAGAGGACAUUCAUCCGUUGAAUGUGAUUAAGGAAGUACAGAAAUGGCCAGUUCUGUACCAAAAGGAUAACCCGGAGAGAUUGAAUUUCCAUUUUAAAACUAAAAUUUGGUAUGAAGUCGCCAAAAACUUGAUACCGGAGUGGGAACAACUUAGUGAUAGUGAAAAGGAAAUUAAGGUUUCAGAUUUGAAUAAGAAAUGGCGCAACCUCCGCGACACGUUCAGACGACAGGUGGAACUGGAGAAGAAGAUGCGCGAAGGAUACCCUAUCAAGAAAAAGCGCUACGUGUACUUCAAGCACAUGCUGUUCCUGCUGCCGCACGUGGCGCCCACCGAGGUGGAGGAAGAGGUUGAGCCCAAGCUCAAUGAAUACCUUAACACGCGAAAAGAAAAGAAGUCCCCUAAAAAACCCAAGCGCAAGCUCCAAGACACGAUACCGACAUCAUCUAAAAAGGACAUAGACGAAGAUAAACACUUCCUGAUGUCUCUCAUACCGUCGUUCAAAAAAAUGAGUGACGAUGAGAAACUGACUGCGAAAGUCGAGAUUCUAAAGGUGAUCCAGCAGGUCAGGAGCCAGUCCAUAGAAUUCACUAACACGGACAUAGCGUUUGUGGAAGAACCGGCGCGGGGGAUCAGGGAAGUCAAGGUGGAAAUGGUGCAAGAGGGGGAAGAGUUAGAAAGCGACAAUAGUGGUGACAGUGAUGACAGUUCAGACUUUAUAUGAACGAGGUGACUGUAGUUAGUAGAGAUUUGAAACAUCUCUCUACAAAGACAUCAACGAAAAUUCUGUUGUUUCUUCAAAAAAAUUGUGUAAAAUGAAAGGAAUAUCAAUAAUUUUUUAUAAAUUUUUAAAGUAUAUUAACAAUGCAGAUGUUAUGAGAUGAGGGAUGUUGUGUGAUUUGAUUAAAGAUUUUUUAUGUAA